UGUACGGGAAAGUGCCACUGCAAGGCUAAAAAAAGUGAAAAGACAUCAGACAAAGACUUGCAACUGACAGAUGAUGUCUGGGGAAGUGAUGAGGAAUCUAUAUCCAUACACGCCGAUUUGCAACGUGCGCACGUGAACCAAGGGUAUCUAGAUGGGAUUACUAAGGCCCAAGAACUGGGGUUACAAGAUGGGUUUGACAAAGGUUUCCCCACCGGUGCGUCCUUAGGAAUUCGUGUGGGCAAAGUUUUGGCAACACUUCAUGGCAAGUCCCAGUUCAAAGAGGCCCAGGGUGCCCUCAAUAUCACCCAGGUCUUGGAUAAGAAAUACUUUGAUAAUCAACUAGAUCUACACAAUUCACAGCAUCUGCUUCUUCAACGGUGGGAA